AUGGAGUUUAAAGCGGGUGUGCUGGUUGUGAUGGCUCUGUGUGUGAGUGCACUGACUUCAUCAGAGGACAGCUGUGGGCAGCGGCCCCUGGUUGCCUCCCCUGGUAUGUCUCGUAUAGUGGGGGGGCGGGAGGCUCCUGAGGGGGCUUGGCCUUGGCAGGUCAGCAUCCAGAUCCAGUCAAGGCACCACUGCGGCGGGACGAUUGUCAGCAACCUCGGGGUGCUCACUGCAACACACUGCUUUUACAAAUACCUAAAGAUCAGCAGAAGCCUUUUCCGUGUGGUGGCGGGACUUCAUGUGUUAUCCGCUCCAGGAGAUCAAACCCAGAUCCGCUCCAUCAGUGAAGUCAAAAUGCACGAGGACUACAAUGGCGUCUCGCCUGACAACGAUGUGACCCUGGUGCUCCUCAGCUCCCCCUUCGACUUCACUGGUCACAUCCAGCCUGUCUGCACCCCUCAUAAUGUGACUCAUGAGUUCAUCCUCAACUUCACCCACUGUUUCAUUACUGGAUGGGGGAGCAGAUAUUACAGAGGUAGGCUGAAUAACAGAUUGCAGGAAGCUGAGGUGGAGCUUAUUGACAGGAGAACAUGUAACCUGAUCACCUGGUACGAUGGCUUCAUCACUGAAAAUAUGAUCUGUGCUGGACUGGAGAGCGGGGCAUCUGAUUCCUGCCAGGGUGACAGCGGCGGCCCCCUGCAGUGCUACAGCGAGGACGAGGACAGGUUUUAUGUGGUCGGAGUGACGAGCUUCGGGCACAUGUGUGGACAUCCUCGCAGGCCAGGUGUGUACGCCAGAACCAGCAGGUUUGCUGACUGGCUGAAGACGAGUCAGACAGCAUCAGCGUCUGCUGCACACAAACUGAACACAAGACUGAUCCCAGCUCUGCUCUGUGCUGCUCUGAUGCUGCUCUUAAACAUCCACACAGUCUGUCAGCAAUAA